AUGACAUCAAUUUCUCGAAUUCGAUUCAUCCUUUCCUACAUAUUAUUAUUCUUUCUUGUUCGAGACAUUUUUGCAAAAGAGGCAGCAUAUAAUGAUGAUGGCAUUCUAAAAAAAUGUGGAGUAACUUGUAUAAUUGUAAUUACCGUUGUUAGCGUACUGAUUCUUGGAAUUAUUGCCUACAUCAUUCUUCGAAAAAAAUAUCGUCAUCGUCAAAAAACUGGUUAUACUGAAGAAGUCCCAGCCUUAAAAUAUGAUGAUUUCAACACAUCUUUUGAAUCCAUAAAUAUUCAGCCUGUUUUUCAAAGGGCACAUCCAAAUAAAUGA